AUGCCUUCAGCACUCCCGCCAUCCGACACGACCAACGGAGCCGACCACACCGACGGACAGGACAAUGGACAAACGGCCAAUGGCCAGUACAUGCCACAGCUCAACCGAGCACCAGCAGGGGACUUCAUGCGGCCAGCAGCACGAUCACGGGUUGGCUCGAAUUCAAAGACUAAUGGUGUUGGCGUGCAGGUUGAGGAGACACGGAUAUGUGUGGUCAUGGUGGGGCUGCCCGCGAGAGGCAAGAGUCUCAUAGCACAGAAAGUCGUCCGCUACCUCGACUGGCUUAGUAUAACAGCGAAAUGCUUCAAUGUCGGCUCCUAUCGCCGCACUGGCACACCACACCCCUCAGCUUCCUUUUUUGACUUCUCUAACAAAGAGGGUGAGCGUUUACGACGAGCUGCUGCCGAAGCUGCUGUGGUCGACAUGUGCAAAUGGUUCCGCAAGCCAGACAACCUGAUCGCGAUCCUCGAUGCAACGAACAGCACAAAAUCCCGUCGAAGAUGGAUCAAAGAGCGCUGCGAUGCGGAAGGGAUCGAAACACUGUUCGUGGAGAGCAAGUGCGACGACGAAGAAUUGAUCAUGGCCAAUAUCAAGGAGGUGAAGACUACUUCUCCAGAUUACGUCGGACAAGAUCCAGAAGAGGCAGCGAAAGACUUCAGAGAGCGCAUAAAGAUGUACGAGCGGGUCUACGAGACGCUGGACGAGGAUGAGACGGACUUAACAUAUUGCAAGAUCAUUGAUGUGGGCAGUCAGGUCAUCAUCAAUCGGAUACAGGACUAUCUGCAGAGUCGAGUGGUGUACUAUCUGAUGAACCUCCACAUCAAGCCUAGGAGUAUCUGGAUAAGUCGGCAUGGUGAAUCGAUGUACAACCUCUCCGGCCAAAUAGGCGGCGACGCCGACCUCUCGGCGCGAGGCCAGCAAUACGCCAAACUUCUCCCAAGCCUUGUCUCGAAAUCCGCCGGCGACCGUCCCCUGACCGUCUGGACCUCGACCCUAAAACGUACAGGCCAAACAGCCCGCUACCUACCCUACGAGAAACUGUCCUGGAAAGCCCUAGACGAGCUCGACUCGGGUGUAUGCGAUUCAAUGACCUACGCGGAAAUCGAAGAAGCCUACCCGCAAGACUUCAAAGCCCGCGACGAAGACAAAUACAACUACCGCUACCUCGGCGGCGAAAGCUACCGCGACGUCGUUAUCCGCCUCGAACCCAUCAUCAUGGAGCUCGAGCGCAGCGAGAACAUCCUCAUCGUCACCCACCAAGCUGUCCUGCGAUGUAUAUACGCUUACUUCAUGGGUGUGAGUCAGGAGCAGAGUCCUUGGAUGGAAGUACCGUUGCAUUGUCUGAUCAAGUUGACGCCGAGGGCGUAUAAGACCGAGGAGGAAAGGUUUCAUGCUGAUGUGCCGGCUGUGAGUACGUGGCGGGAGAAGGGAAGUAAAGCUGAGCAUUCGGUGCCUACGCCGGGGCAGGUGUCUAGUCCUGUUCUGCAAGGGGUGGAAAAGGAGAGUGCGCAAGUGACGAUCUCGUAG